GCCAUACACAUUCUGGAAAGCUCAAGUCGAGUUCCAGACGCUCCAUGUUGUCCCGUAGCGGGAGCUGCAUUGGAACAAAGUGCAGUGCACGAUCCAAGCUGUCGAGGAGCGAUCAGAUUACUCCUUUAUUUCUAUGGAAACAGUGGAGGAUGAGGAGCAGGGACAGAGCUACCUCACCCCUGUGCUGAGUCAUGCCUUGUUCCCUGCUCAGGCAUCUGCAGAAGCCAAGAAGCUGUACACAGCACUGCAGGAAUAUGCCAAACGCUACAGUUGGGUGGGCAUGGGACGCAUUCAUAAGGGCCUCCGAGAGCAGGUCAGACUGAAUGAUCUCUCUGCUAUACAGAAGCCUCAUCUCUUCUUCCUGCCAGAUGUUCCAAGUGUUCCUUUCUUCCCACGCGAUGCACAUCGACAUGACAUUGAGGUCUUGGAAGCAAACUAUCCUGCAAUUUUGGCUGAAUUCAAGGCUGUUUACCAGCGUGGCAUCGACUCGAAAUCAGGCUGGACCAGUUUAGGACCAAAGGGGCAGGCAGUGUUUCUUUGUACAGUGCAGAGUCUGUGUGGCAGGAAACUGUGCUCGUGUCCCUGCACGUACCGGACGCUUCUUUCUCUACGUACGUUUAUAAGCAGCAACUCAUUGGGAUCUGCAGGAUUUUGGCUGUUGGGACCUGGAGCGACGCUGGGGAGCUCGUAUGGACCCACCAACACUCGCCUCCGGUGUCAUCUCGGUCUACAGACUCCACCGCUGUGUGAGCUGGUGGUGGGAGGAGAGCCUCAGUGCUGGUCAGAGGGUCACUGCCUCCUGGUUGAUGACUCCUUCCUUCAUACCGUCUCUCACAAGGGCCCUACAGAUUCCGGCCCCAGAGUCAUUCUGAGUGUCGAUCUCUGGCAUCCAAACGUGGCUGCAGCCGAGAGGCAAGCGCUGGACUUCAUGUUCAGCCCCGACCAGUGAAUAUUUGACCCCUCCACUCCUAGUACACUACAUUGCAAAGGAUGCCUUACCUUAUCCCUGCUUGUCCUGGGUCCUGCAUUUCAUUUCCAGUCAGUGAAUCACUGUGUGAAUCUGCCCUAAGAAAUUACCACAAGCCAUCAGCCAUGCUUUUCAAGUGGUGUUGAAUUUACCGUCCACACCAGGGAUUGACACGAGGGAAAAAUGCUGUAAUUAUGCUCGACAAUUUGCCUGCAAACUACAAACUGGCUCUAAGAAAGCACAAAGAGCAGACCCUGGUGUUACCUAUUGUACAUAUUUGCAUCUUGACAUGUAUACUAUGCCUGUGAAUGCAUGAGAACUUGCCUGUCAUGAUUACUGGACUGACGAUGCAUGUGCUCAUAUGGCUUCAGGUAAAGGUGCUCGGGCAAUUUUAUUUUUGGAUUUAGGUAGAUUACCGAUGGCUCAACCCAAAAAACUGUGAAAACAUGAAAAAUCUAUAAAUGUAAUUUCUAAUAUAUUUUUGUUUUCUAAACUUAUAUUGACUUACUAGUGGUCAUUUGUUCUCUCUUUUCUGUCCUGUAUGUUGAAAUCUAUAAAUAUUUUUUUCUUUGUUCAUAAUUUAUUUGUAAUUAUUGGAUCAGUUCUCAGUUUAUAUAUGGACAGUUUUUGCCAGUUAUGUUGUUGUUUUGUUUGUUUUUGGACUCGAAAUACCAAAUAAAUAAUGAAGCUAA